GCGGACGUGGGUGGCAUGCAUGCGCAGGUGCGUUCAUCCAAUGAAUCUGCAUGCCUCGUUAGCCUACCUUAUCAUCACGAGUACGAUCCAGUCAGGGGCGGAGCUACAGGGUGUUCCAGGUGGUCCCAGGACCACCCAAAAUUUUGGCCCAAUCCAGUAGCCCAGAGCAGGCGAGCGGUACCCGGCGCGCGGCAGGCGAGCAGCACCCGGUGCGCGGCGGGCCGGCUGCUGCAGCAGGCGAGCGGCGACACGCGGUGGGCGAUCGACGUGCGGCACGCGGCGGACCGGCUGCAGCGACAGGCGAGCGGUGUGCGGCGGGCAACGGCGGCAGGAGCGGCAAGCCGGCAAGGGCAAGCAGCGGCCAUUCGGCCAAGCAGGCAAGCGGCGCGGCAGCAGCGGGCCGCGGGCGAGCGCUGCGGCAGCGGGCGGGUGCGCGGCGGCGUCACUCUCCUACUGGAAGUCCGUGGAACGGACAAUCCCCGUUCCUCGCGUGGCCUGCAUUUGCAGUCAAACCAAUCGAAAUACUAUCAGUUCGAGGGAAGAAAGGGGUGUGGUUGAAAUUGCCAGUGGAUCGUGCCGAGUUGGUACCCUUGGCAGUAAAGGAAGGUUUCAAGUACCAACAUGCAGAGGAAGCGUACGUGAUGCUGACUUAUUGGAUCCCUGACGGCUGAUGAGCC